CCUAGACUUCGCGAGCGUUUUUAUGGUCAUCUCUCCAUUCAAAUGCAAAGAAUAUAGACUAUAUUUUUACCCUUGUUGUUAUACUCACUGACUAACAUUCGAUUUGACAUAAGCGAGUCUCCGUAGCAAAACAAUGGCUUCCGCUAACCGCUGCCGAGAAAUUGCUAGUGCAGCCGUAUCGUCCACUUACACCGGAAUAACUUCCGAGAAGCAGUACGCGCCGCUUGCAGGUAGUCUUACUAGUGAUAUCCUAUAAUACUCCCGCUACUCUAUUUCUAGCAUCCUCAAGCCACUGCUCUUCGCUGAAUGUUUCCUAUUAUACCCUCACCACAGCGCUGCGUAUACCGUCCGUGAUAAAUGCGAUCGAUCUCGUUCCAGAAAUUUUACAGAAAGAGCGAGUAAAAAACGCCAAGCGCAUGUGGCUCUCAUCCGACCAGAAAAGCUCGACGGAGUUCCCUUCCACGAAACACUCCUUUUCCGACUCGUCGCAGGUACUAGGUUCACCACAGUUGCAUGCUAACUUAAGUAAUUUGUGAUCACUAUUUGUUGCCUUAGUGAACUCCCUUGAUAAACGUGUUUGCGUACUAUUGUACACAUUCUCAUCGUGCGCGACGCAUUUUCCCUAUAGAACACACCGCCACCAAUCAUCUUACCACAGCAUCCCACCAGUCGCACCCUGGCCGGCGCAAAGCCGCUGCUUCUUACAUCAGCCAGCACAUCGUACGCACCAAAAUCGAGCACGCGCUCCGGGACAGAAGAUGCACCGCACACCGCCGCUAAACGUGUAAAACGCACGGCUUCCACUGUGCUUAAUCACGUUGAGAUAAUCUCUCUCGACGACACACCAGAUGACAAUAAGGCUGCGGAUACCUGCGCGGGUGCAUCUACUCCGCUUCCAACGGACAGAGCACAUUCGAACGUCCCGAAAGGCAAGUUCUCGAGUCACAUAGAAGGAAACACUUGCAACUCAAUCAAGCAGGAUACUCACGCUAAGCAUCCGCUUCCCUAUCCUCUCUCCUUUAAUGCUCGGCGCGUUCUUCAUGUUUAUUGGCAAUUACCGUCACCGAAAGCGCAGACGUCCUUCAUAGCGAUGCUUGAAAAUAUCUGUGCCUGCUUCGAUGGCUGCCUCAAUUGUGGACAAGAUCACAGCGACUUUCUAAGAUGAUUAAUCAUGUCCCGAAAGCCAGCGCUUGAUCCAACAAUGUAAUACUGAAAACGUCUCACCUUCCACCCAAGUGUGCAAAUAAAAACCAAUAAACCUGAAUAGAUCUCCUCAAUAUUAUCUUUUGUUUUUUUACACCAAAUCGUAUUUCAUACGAACGAAGGCAGUCGAGCAGCUGUCUGGACUCAGCGUUCAUACUUGCUCCAAAUCAACAUAUGCU